UUGGCGCUGUUAUAACAAUCGCAACUCUCUGAAUUCUUUACGGAUUUUGACACAGGUUGGAUUGUUACAAACAUCAGACAUGUUCGUAGCUAUGAUACAAGACGUGGGUGUGUUGAUAAUCGUAACAAAUUACGUGUAUGUUUGCAUUUAAGACCCUCGAAGGUACGAAGAUGCCAGAUUAUUGUGUGGCUCGCGUUUGCAAAAAUGGCCGUAAUGCCAAGGCCAAAGCACAGAAAAUUACCUUUCACAAGUAAAUUUGAACGAUAGUUUUGUCCGUAUGAAAUGCAUGGAGCUUAAUGGAGCUGCUCCAAAUCUGAACAAGUUGUGAUCUAUAUAACCUGCUAGGUCUCAUAUAGUUUUUUUUUUUGUUUGUUUUUUUUUUUUUUGAAAUUGAUACCUGAAAUGGAUAAAAAAAAAAGUUAACCCUUAGACCAGACUGACUUUGCUUUUUUUCUUUAUUAUGAGCCCUUUAUUUAAAAUGUUAGGGGCCAACACAGAAAAUUUAGGGCACUCACUGUAAAUCGACUUGCAAAUCAAAUAUAUAAAUUUCUUCAAAUUUUUAACUCAAUUCAAUUUACGUUGUAUUACUGGUAAAUACUUUCACGAUAAGUCUUUUCACAUAUUUUUUUUUGUAGCAGCAUAUCUUGCUCUCUCAAUAUGUUUUAACCUGCCACAAUAGCAAUUUUUUUAUGACGAUAUAUUUUCCCAAAAACUAUCAUGAUGAACGAUGGUAUCGUUGAUGUUUUUUCUUUUUAAUGCCACUGAUAUGAUAGAUUAUAAUAAUUCAAAUACAUCAUUUUUAAGAACAUUAUCAAAGAACAUUGAACAUUGGCAUUGUAAUGUACAACACUAAAUAUCCUUGGAUAAAUAAAAAAUCUAAAUAAAGCACACAGACUGUUCGCAAAAACUGCACUCAAACAAAUAGUUUGACACAUAGGUAUAGAGUCAUUAACCCACUAAAGAGACCCCAAAAAUGUCUUAAAGCCUGCUAAAUUUGAAUGAAUAAAAUAAAAUUAAAAAACACCAUGUAUGAACUCAAAAGCAUUUGGGCUUGUCUGUUUUUAAAUCAGAUGCCAUACAUUUUAAUAUCACUGCUACUGUAUUUUUUUUGUCUUUAUUUUCAUUUAUUGUAUGAAUAUUGUCAUGUUAUGUACUAUAUAAUUUCUGCUGCCUCUUGGCUUUUGAAAAAGCGAUUUCACCUCUCAAUAAGAUUUUACCUGGUUAAAUAUUGGAUUAAAUCUAAAAUAAGGCCCGCCCUCGAUCUGCUGGACUGUGACGUGUCACCUGUCAAUCAAAUGAUGCUGAAAAUGAGUUCGCUGAAGUCAACUACUGCCUGAAUAUUGAUGUGUGCUGCUGUGCUUAUGGUUUGGAAACGUAACUUUUCCAUACGCGCGUGUGUGUGUGUCUGUGUUUGUGUGUUAUGUGAGGAACACAGGCACAACUCCGAGCGCUGAAGUUUUAAUGAUCUCGCAGUCGAGUAAGUUUUUUAGCUCCAGUCCUUCUCUUAAAAUGCUUUUAAGCUUUCCAAAAGAAAAACCUAUAAGGAGGCAGUGGGAAGUUGCCAUCGGGAGAGACAACUUCAUCGCCAGUGGCUCCUCGGUGCUGUGCAGUGCUCAUUUUAAACCUGAGCACUUGGACAGGACUGGCCAAACUGGCCGACUCAGAAUUGGAGCAAUCCCAUCAGUUUUCAGCUUCCCGGCUCAUCAUCAAAAAGGAGGUGAUCACUCCUACACAUUGCCCUCUGCUACUCCUCUCAAGAAAAAACUAGAUCAAGCCCUAGCAAGAGUGGAGAGCCUGGAACGGGAGAACAGGAAUGCAAAGAUCAGGGAAAGCAGGGCCAAGCAAAUGGUGCGCUGUCUUCUCGACGAGCUGAAGGAGAAGAACCUCAUUAACAAAGAGCUGCAAGACAGGAUUGAUUUUUACUCGGGGCUUAAUCUUGACCUCCUAGCUAAGAAGAGCCAUGAGUACUCAAAGGACCAGCGAGAGUUUGCCCUCACGCUCCACCUCCAUGGGCCAAAGGUCUAUCACUACCUCCGAGAGACUCUGCAACUUCCUCUCCCACAUUCAAAGACUUGGCAAAAAGUUGCGGGUGUGCUGGCACCGAUCUCAGCUGACUGCGGGCGAGAGGCUGGGUACACCCUGAACUGGUCGCCAAUCGCAAGGCACACAUAGACAAACGACCAUUCGCACCUACGGACAAUUUAAGUCAACCUUCAAUCAACCUACCAUGCAUGUUUUUGGAAUCUGGGAGGAAGCCAGAGUACCCAGAGAAAAUCCACACAGGCACAUACAAACUCCACACAUGGAUUUGAACCCAGGACCUCAGACUGGGACCUGUUAGGCAGAUGUGCUAAUCAGUCAUCCACUGUGCCGCUAUUUUCGAAAUGGCAAUUGUGAAAUAAAUCAACAAUCAAACUUA